AGAUUGAAUUGGUAGUAGCAACAGCAGCAGAGAUGUUCUAGGGUAUGAGAAUUGUGCUGAAGAACUGCAGGGGGCUUUGAGAGAAGGCGGUCUAACCUCCCAGGCCUGGUGUGGGAUCUGUUUGGCCAAAGUAGUGGGAAUGUGUGUUGGGCAUAGUGGUAUGUAUAGGAUUAUGGCGCUUCAAUUUCCUUUACCCUUUUUCGUAAACAAAUAUACAAUGCACUUUCCCAACUGGGAAACGCUGCAAUAUGGAACAAAGCGUCUACCACACGAAGACGACUACUCUCUACGUCGGAAGUUAUUUUGAGCCUGCAGCUCGAGUGGAGGGUGUUUCUGUGAUACUCCAGCCAAUCACGUUGGCAGACAUGACGGCGCAACAGUUAGUCCCUUUAGCUUCACUGGACAUACUUCGAUACCAACAACACUUUUGUUAGCUGUAAGCAAGCUAUAUAUAGCUAGCAAAAUAGGAUACUGAAAAGACUGGCAGUGGCUGCCAACAAUGCAACGUUUCUCAAAGGGUGGAGCAAAACUGGAAAAUGUAUUCGAAAGAGCAAAGUAACAUGUAUGAAUAACUUUAUUUUAACUCGCAACUACUAGCUAUGAGAAGAGUUAACGUUAGCAAAGAAUUCCAGAAGAACUAACGUUAGCUAGCUAAAUAACUAAGACAUGGCUACCACCAGGGAAAUACAAUACCGAAGCCCCACAGUGAGUAUCAAGCAGGAGCAGGACGAUGACUCGGACACGGAGGAGUCUCACAUUGGUUUCAAGAAGUCGGAUGGACGCGAGUCGCAGAUAAUCCACAGUGGUCACUUCAUGGUGUCCUCGCCGCACAUUGAACACCCACCAAGAAAAGGUUACGAUUUCGACACAGUCAACAAACAAACCUGUCGGACGUAUCACUUCGGGAAGAAGUGUACAUCACAUCUCUCCAUUGACGCCUCGUUGACAAAACUUUUCGAAUGCAUGACCCUUGCAUACAGCGGCAAGUUGGUGUCGCCAAAAUGGAAGAACUUCAAAGGCCUGAAGUUGCUGUGGAGAGACAAGAUCCGGCUCAACAAUGCUAUCUGGAGGGCCUGGUACAUGCAAUAUGUGGAGAAGCGAGAGAACCCUGUCUGCCAUUUUGUUACUCCUCUGGAUGGGACCGUGGACAUGGAGGACCAUCGUCCGGCAGAGGCAAUAGCCACAGAGGGGAAAUAUUGGAAAAGAAGAAUUGAAAUUGUAAUUCGCGAGUAUCACAAGUGGAGGACAUAUUUCAAGAAAAGGUUACAGAAGCACAAGGAUGACGAUCUCUCAAGCCUUCUCAAGGGGCCGGAAGAACAGUUUUCGCUGUUUGGGGAUGUCUUUCCAGACACCUUCCGUGUGUCCCUUUAUCAGGAUGAGGAAAUGGCUGGGCGCCGCAUUGCUCGCAAGAGCCGUGAGUCACCCGUCCCCAUGGAGAUGGACCCACUCUUUGACAUGGAUGUGCUGAUGUCAGAGUUUUCUGACACACUCUUCUCCACGCUGGCCUCCCACCAGCCCAUGGCCUGGCCCAAUCCCAGGGAAAUAGCUCAUGCAGGGAACGCAGACAUGAUCCAGCCUGGACUCAUCCCCCUACAGCCCAACCUGGACUUUAUGGACUCCUAUGAGCAAUUACAAGACUUAUUUCACAGCCUCCGUCAGCCCAUCUUCCCCUCUGCUUCCCUCACUGCCUCAUCCGCCACUCCUCUACACAGCAACAGCUCUCAAUCCCAGGGCCAGCUUCUCUCCUCCAUGCACCUCUCAGCUGACCUCCCGUCCAUCAGUCAUGACCACAGACUCAUCGCCUCCCCAGCCCCCCUGACUAUCUCAUCCCUCAUGUCCAAUCAAACCAGUGGAAGCCCCUCUUACGUACAGAACUACAUGCCUCUGUUCUCUGGGCCGGUGCCCCCUAGUGCUCAGGCUGGAGGCUCCUCCCUCAUGCAAACCUCAGCCCUUCCCACGGUGCGGCACACCCAGACCUGCCAGGGUGCUGCCACCCCAACACUAGUAGCCCCCCCACCCCUAGACGAUGCCACAAGCCUGGACGGUUCCCCGCCCUCAUCUGUCAUCACACAUACAACCACCUCCACUGUUCUACCCAGUGAUGCUGCCACCACCUUCAGUCACAGCUCUGACUUCAGCUCCCUAAACCGGGAACCUCCACCACCACCCCUCCAGCCCCUGCCACCCUCACCUGCCACCACCCCACAACACCCCCAGACCUUCGCCCUGCCCAGACCCUUCCAGCCCUCUUGCUCCAACAAAAAGACACGCCGUGUCCAAAGGAUUGUUCCUGCCAUCUCCUCGUCUCACCUCAUCCUAACAGCACCCUUCCCAGGGCAUACCAGUGCAGUGAUUGUUACUCCAACCCCCCUGAAAGCAGAUGUGGUUCCCUCAACGGGCGUGAUCAUCGGCUCCUCCAGCCUAUCAAGGGCUCCUGGAUUUCACAUCCUUCCACAGACUCCGAAGUCUCCCCAGCUCAUUAUCCCUAAAGAGGAGACCUACUCUUCCAGCCGCAAAAAACAAGAACCCUCCACAAGUACUGGGCAUGAGGACCGUAGCUCAGGUCAGGGGUCACUGUGUGGGUCAGAGCAGGUCUCCAGUCCUCAGUCUCCACACAGCAGCUGCAUUGCCCUUUCCAAGAACGAGUCCAACCAGAGCCGUAGGGUGACCCAUAUCACUGCUGAACAGAAGAGGCGCUUCAACAUCAACAUUGGCUUCAAAAUGCUGUGCAGCCUGAUUCCUGCUCUCAAGUCCCAGUCCAAUAUCAGUAAUGCAGUCACGCUGCAGAAGACAGUGGAGUACAUUAGGAAGCUGCAGCAGGAGAGGCAGCAGAUGCAGAAGGAGACCAAAAGGCUACGGGAGGAGAUUGAGGAGGUCAAUGCCUCCAUAAAUGUGUGUCAGGAGCAGCUGCCUGCUACAGGUGUGCCCAUCACACGCCACCGAUUCGACCACAUGCGGGAGAAGUUUGAUGAGUACGUGAAGAGCCGCACACUUCAGAACUGGAAGUUUUGGAUCUUCAGCAUCAUUAUUAAACCCCUAUUUGAGUCCUUCAAUGGGACUGUCUCCACCACAAGCAAAGGGGAGCUGUGUGAGACCACACUGCAAUGGCUGGACCGUCACUGCUCCCUCCAUGUGCUGAGGCCCAGGAUGCGCUGGUGAGCUUUUUAUGCUGCUCCCUAUAACAUAACAAACACAAUCAGGAUAUUUUAUGAUGAAGAAAGAAUCAGCCAUACUGUAAGCAUACAGGUUACAUACAUAGCAUAUGUAUGAUGUUCUUUUUUUGUUUCUUAUAAUCAAGCCAUCCAUUAUGUCUAAGGUAUGCUUAUGACAGCGUUAUGCUAGCCUGUCAAAGAUACAUAGCUCUUCUCAUAGUUCAGAUCGUAUUUGUCUAAGAUACAGUUAAACAUUAUAGGUUAUAUUGCAAAAGUAGAAACUUUAAUUUCACGUCUCUCCUUUAUUAGUCUCAGAAACCCUGACCUACAUUGGUACAUUGUGGGAGGCAUUUAGAGAAACUACUCCUUUAUUAGCAAUGCACCUCAGAACAGCAAAUACAUGAAUAUACUUUAUUAUUGUAACUCCUGACUGUUGCAGAGUGAUAUUUAGUAUUUGUUUUUUGAUGUAUUUAUUAUUUUGAUGCACAACGGAAUUUGCUUGGAAUUAUAUCACAUUUAGCACUAUUGGUUUUGUAUUUCCUGAAUGUACGUUAUUUUUUUAGAGGCUAUAUGGGCUUUAUGAGAGUCCUUAAUACAUCUCAAUAACUGUGAUCACCUAAAUGUUUGCACUCUUUGCUACUCUACGAGUGGAGUACCCUUUAUCCUAUGACUGGGGACUGUAUUAUUGUUACUGAUUCUGAGCCCCAUGUACAGUAUUGGCCACAUGAGACAGCAUUUCUGUGGGCUAAUCACAACUAACAUUAAUCUAGUGUCAUUCAGAUCAAAGGUUUUAUUUAUGUUCCAUUCAAAGGGAAUUGUAACUAUGCAAAGACUCCAAAAGAACAAGAGCAGAUGGAUGUCAUUUAAAAAUGUGUUUGCCAAGCAGUUACUAUGUGGUGGGGAAAGUUUCCAAUAUUCUUUUGUCAAGAAUCAUGACCUGGUUUAAGUUAUAAAACAAGGAUUAACUAUUUUGUUUAAGGGGAGAUUUCAUUUAUGAGAUUACUUUUUGGGAAGUCUUUCUAUGUUUGUUCCCCCUGAGAUACAGUAAGUGUUGUAAAUAUUCUCUUUCUUGGUCUACAAAGUAAAGACAUUUUUUCCCCCA